AUGGCCGCCGAAGCGCCAUAUCGCCUCCCGGCUAAGCUCGAUCUUCAGAGUAUCAAGUCCCUUCUUUCUGCAAAAGCUUCCGCUGUUAAAGAUCAUCUUUGGGCUUUGAGAGAGGAUCCCGAUUACUUCGUCACGGUGCUUCUCGAGACAAAUGACCAUCGCCUGGAAUUCUUGAAAGACUUAGAUGGCAACGAACACCCUGAUCUCCGUCGUGGUCGUCGACAGACUAUCUGGGCCAAUGUGAUCCGCUUUGUUGUCUCUGAAGCAUAUUACACGUUGGAAAUCUUCUCCGGCCUUAGCCUACAAGCAGAAAAGCUAGUGUUGCUCCAGGUCAAGUAUGCGACCAAUAUCUGCCCCUACAAAGACCUCCCGAAAGAAUAUUCAGAUGCAUAUCUCCGAUCUAGGUUCUCCCUCAAUGAAGCAGCCAAUGGAUCAUUGGAAAUGCUCAAGGCUAUAGCCAUAGGCUCCCCGCCCCUGCGGAGGUUCUUCGCUCGAGAGCCACCAUUGGAUCCCGAUUCCCCAAAUAUGAGGGUUGUGCCAAAGACUGGCCUGAAGAAGACAAAGGUUGAAAACCAGCUACUCUAUCUACUGAGCACCCUGUGGGAUAACGGUCAGGAUUUGUUACUCACUGGUCUACCUGUCGUUUUGGAUGAACUAGAACGUCUGAUCCAAUCAGAGAAGCAUGUGCGUGAACUAAUAUCCCCAGUUGUCAUCUCGAUAAUUGGUGAACUGUCUAUUCUCUCGCAGUGUUUGAAUCAGUUGAGCCUUUAUCAACCAUGGGCUCGGGCCCUAGAAAUGACAGGAGUGAAGCAAGAGUCUGACCUGAUAACGGAUUAUAUGAAACGGAAAGAGUUGUGGGUUAGGAUAGUUAACGCGCUUUCGGAAACCACACCUGGUCUCAAAGCGGCUGUAGGCCUUGGUGAGCCGUCCAAUGGCAAAUUCACUUACCCCAUUGAGAAGCCUCGUACUAGGGAAAAUGUCGAUGCUCUGCGUAAAGCUGAAAGCAACCUUGACAUAUUCUGGAUAGCCAUUGAUCGAGUCAUGAUCGCCAAUGCGGGGGACCUGAGUGGUACGGCUUUACACACUCUCCUUUUUCAACCCCGUACUUUACAGCGCACUCCAGAAUGGAUUGUGCCGGAAAAGCCCUUCUCAGCCAUAUCGACAGCAAGCAGACAAAAUGGAGCAGAUCUCCACGCUUUGUACAAACCAUUCUCGCAGCUCUAUUUCGAUUCCCCAACAAAGAAACCCGAAAUUUUGCAGGCCAAGACGAAGGUCAAACCCCGCGGAAAAGAACAACGAAAGCCUGAGUCUGUCGCAGAAAUCGAAGCACUAGAGCAGCCUAACCCUACUGAUCCCCAGCCUACCUUUGCCGUCGAUGCUCGUGCCCUGAAAGUUUUCCGGACUUUGUUCUUCAAUCCUUCUGCAACUUCUACGCCCGGUGAGAUAUCUUGGAAUGACUUUCUACACGCCAUGACAUCGGUUGGCUUCGCGGGCACGAAGCUCUACGGGUCUGCCUGGCAGUUCAAGCCAACUAAACUAGAUGUCGAAGGAAACAUCCAGUUUCAUGAACCACAUCCCAAACCAAAGUUGGCCUUCCGGACUGCUCGGAACUUUGGUCGUCGACUCAAUCGGGCCUAUGGCUGGUUUGGAGGGAUGUUCGUUCUGGAUCAGGGCUCAUCCAACCCUCGAAGAAAGAUUUUGACCUAG